AUGGUCCUGCCAGCGUUCCGGGGAAGCCAGGAUGAUGAUGAUGACUUUGCCCUUACGGACAACCCCAUCACGCCUUCCUCAUCCAUCUUCCCUACGGCCAAAACCCCGCAGUGUGAGCACAUCAGCCCGGGAAUGCUGGCGCCCAUCAACAGGAACUACUACGACAGGCACAUGCUGCGGAUGCAGAAGGCGGCACCAGGCAGCCGAGGCAGCUGGGACAAGGUGAAGAAGAUGACGGGCCGGGGGGUGCUGGGGACGCCGGCCUCGCGCAGAGCCCAGCUGCCUCUGGAGAACAAGGUGAAGCACAGCCCUGUUGUUGGGAAGCUCUUCCAGCUCGAGGCACCAGACUCUUCGGAUGAAGAACGGGAUGAUUCCUGUUCUUCUGUGUAAUGAACUCUGUGGAUGUCAUCAGACGUUACGUGUCUCUUGUGUGAAGCUCUGAGCUGUGUUCCUGUGCUGUUAAACAGUUCCCUUUGGAAAACUGGACCCGCAGGGUUUGUAUGUGGUUUAGCCUGUUCUCACCGUGCUGCCUCUCCAGCAACGUCUGUCAUUUUCCAUGUCUGCAAAGUGGGCUCCUCCUUCCCCUCUUCCUCCUGGGGGGGCAAGAAAUGAACUCCGACACCGAUUACUGGCAAGUUUUGAUUCAUUUUAAGAUAAAAUAUCUUUUUGACUUAUUAUAUUGGUACAGUCUGUAAUUAAAUGAAAUGGCUUUUUUAAUUUCCUCUCUAUAGAGUUUGAAUUUUUGCAUUUUCUUAAUGUAAUAAAAGAGGACAAGCUCGUUUUACUCAUGUAUGGAUGGGAGUCCUUGGGGAGGAGCAGGACUCCCCAGCAGCCUGGCUGGGGUAGCUGGGCCUGCAAUUUUUCCUCCUCUCUUGUUUUCAGGCACACGUGGAUAGU